AAUAACAAAAACGCCGGUCCACUCCACUCCUAGGUGUCAUCCUGAUCCCCGACUAAAACCUCUUGGUCAUCUCCUGCAAUUGCUAGCAGUUCAUUUUAGGAUCUGUCGCUAUCGCAUGCCAUGAACUCAUUUGUGCCUGGCUCUCCUAAGUCCUCCAACCUCCAGGAUCCUCCUAGUGAUAGGACCCUUGGGUGUUCACUGUUCUUGUGCGGACUCCCAACGACAUCUGCACUCUUGUCAUUGCUGGAUUGGAAAGAUGUUGGUUCAGGGCUUGACCACCGGGUCGAGAAGGCACGUUUACAGCUACAGGGUGGCUCCGUCAUCACCUUGUUCCGCCACGUCCCCCGGGAAGAUUCGUCCUUUGACAUCGCCCCAGAGCAUCUCCACGGAUCUCUGAAUCUGUCGGGUGGCAAGUCGGGAUUCUUGUUUGUGCACGAUGCAUCGAAUCCGGAUGUCGAAGCCUCGGUACGCUCCUUGCGCGACUCCAUUGAGUUGCAGAGGCGGCACGGCAGCCGAGGGUUUUGGGUCGCCGUUAGCACCGCACAAGGUGCUAGUGUUUCCAGCGGGGUUCGUAAUGACAUGGUCGCCCGUUUCAGGGACGAGCUGGCUUCCGCGGGCAUAUCAGAUGCACCGGCAGUGGCCGCAAGUCUCGAUUGCGUCCUCGAGAUGCCGGUUGUCGACGCUGCUCGAAUGGUCGGCGAUGCUCUACUUGCGGCACCUCGACCGUCUCGUCCUGGGAAGCCGGAGCGAGGUGCACCUUCUGGAGAUAACAUGACGGACCAAGCUUUCCGCCAGGCGUUUCUACGCGGGAAUAUCACCCCUUGGACACACAUGGACUACCUUCGCGCCGCCUACAUCACUCUUCUCGAAUGCGACGUCCGGGAUCUUGACCUGCUUGAGGUGGCGACCAUAUUCGCGACCAGGAUGAACAGGUUUCGACGGCGUAACUCGCAUGCCCAACACUCACCUGAGCCGAGAACCCUUACUGUUUUCUGGCUGUACCAUGUCAGGCUUGCUCUCGUGGCAAUGCUGAGCUUCAGUGUGCGAGGGCCCACGAGUUUCAAGGGCAUCUUCCGGUACUUCCCGGAACUCGUAGACGAGAGAUUGCCCAGUACCUACUUCAGCCCGGACGUAUUGGCAUCCUCGUAUUCCCGGGAUUACUGGAUGCUGCCAAAUCUGCGUGAGCUUGUCGAACUGGUACAAUAUCGAGAUUCACAGUUUCGACACAAGCUCACCAGACCGCAGCAUGAAGAUCCCCACCGGCUCCUCCGUUUCGCGUUUGCCGUGGUACAGAGGUAUCUCCGCCCCGGUGAGACCCGUCGACGCGCCUGGUUCACCAACCUGGCCUUGGACUCGCUCCGGCGACAGACGAUGCGGCUCAGAUCGCUGUGCCCGGGUGUCCCUGCGUACUCGGAGACGCAAUCGCAUUUCUACCUCCACCUCGUCCACGCGGCCCUGCUGCCGCUCACCCUCGGUAACACCCACCUCCUCCAGAACAUGACCUACCCGCUGUUCGAGGAGACCUUCCGCAUCUCGCCCUCGGCGUGGACGGCGUACUACAGCCCGCAACUCUGGGACAGCAUCCCGGCCCGCGCAAGGUUCCACCCGCCCGACCUGCAGCCGCUCCCGGACACCGUCAGCCCGGCCAACUUCCACCUCUUGUCCACCCACCCCAGUCCCAACGAAUCCUUCCGGAGGGCCGGCCUCGUCCCCGAGCUCCCGUCCUUGGAAGUGCUACAAUUUCACCGCGCCGUCCUGCUCGAGGAAGCCAAACUCAUCGGGGAAACCCCCACCCCCGCCGAGGUGACCUCCCACGCACACCUACUCAAAUACAUCCACGCCCACCUCGUCCUCGCAACCCCUCCCCCCGCGCCCCCGGAGCGGUCGUCCGUCUCGCACCACCUGGACCUCCUGACGACCGCGUCAACCCUCCCCAGGGACCACAUCGCCUUCUAUCUCUCCCACGCCGCCGUCGCCCUCCUCGGCAACCGAACCACAGGAGACAACAGCGACGACAGCGACAUCAAAGACAAUGAUAAGAAGACCGUCCCGCUCCCCGACGGGCACGGCAUGCUAUCCUCGGCUGCGGCGGCGCCGUGGGGCGCGCCGUCUGGUUCGGGGCAGGGGCAGCGGCAGGGGCAGGGGCAACGCCCGGCGCGGUGGGAGGAGUGGGCGGGCGGGGAGUCUGCUUUGGUGCUGUGCUGGGACGAGGCGUGGUGUUCUGCGCUCGGAGGGGUCAACGGGCCAGGGUUACCGGAAGGACGGGGCGGGGAGGUCUGGUCAAGGGUGGAAGAGGGUGAUGAUCGGGAUGGGGAGGGUGAGGGUGAGGGCGGGGAGCAGGACGACGAGAAUGAUACCCUGGCGGGGGGAGAAGGGGAAGAGGAGGACUGGGAGGUCAUGUCGGCGGCAACGACGCUGACAGGUUGAAUCUUGGAUCUGCAUGCCCUCUUGCCUGCCGCGGUCACUCUCGAGGGUGAUUGAAUAAUUAAUUAGAUGGUGGCACUCUCAGGGCACGAUCCUCUCUGCGCUGACGGGACAGGUUAUUCAGUUUCCU